AUGAAGUUUUCUUCCUUCGCUACGCUUGCUGCUAUCGCAUCCGCCGUCCACGCUAAGGACGUGUCCUGUCGUGUCAACGGCCAGGAGGUGGCCAUAGUGGACUUGGACUCUGGCUCUUGUCCCUUCUCCAUCCCUGAGAACCUCCCAGUGACCUUCAGAUUCGACGCUGAAGACGACUACGAGGUGGAUGCCUACUACGUGACCGCCGACCAGAAGUACUGGAACGACAUUGAGAACGCUGGCAGACAGAUUGCCGUGCCUGCCAACCAGUUGUACGGAAAGGGACCUGCUCCAAUCUUCCACGUCCACGACGAGGAGAAGCCUGGCUCCAACUCGACUGCUGCUUUGAGAAGAAGAUUCAACGCUCAGUUCCUCGCCAAGAGAGACCCUAAGGACGACCUCGUUGGUGAGAUCAAGGAGAAGGACGGUGAGCCUUCGGACGCCACUGUUGAGGUUGUCGAUGUUGGUGCUCCAACCUCCUCCUACCACUCCACCGUCACUGAGACCCACACCGGUACUCAGACUGUCACCAUCACCUCUUGCGACGACCACCACUGUGUGACCACCACUGCUCCAUGCACCUGGGGUCCAACCACCAAGACGGAGCACGACACCACCACCACCUACACCACCUGGUGCCCAAUUGAGACCGUCACCAAUACCCACACCCAGACGCUCACCAUCACUUCUUGUGACGACCACGAGUGCCACACCAAGACCACCACUGCUCCUUGCACCUGGGGCCCAACCACCAAGACUGAGCACGGCACUGAGACUAUUGUCACCACCUGGUGCCCAGUUGAGUCCCACCCAGCCCCAGCUCCUCAGCCAGAGCCAUCCACUCCAGGUGCUCCAGGCCCUGCUCCAACCACCGAGGCUCCAGGUGAGACCAAGCCUCCAGCUCCAGGCCCAGGUCCCGCUCCAACUUCUCAGGCCCCAGGUCCAGCUCCAGGCCCAGGUCCUGCUCCAACUUCCCAGGCUCCAGGUCCAGCUCCAGGCCCAGCCCCACCUCAGUCGAGCGUUGCUGGCGAGUCCACUUUGAUCACCACCCCAGGUCCAGCUCCAGCCCCAACUUCUCCAGGUGUUUCUUCCUUCGAGAACGCUGGUGCUCUUGCCAAGGGCUCUUUGCUCGCCAUGGCUGCUCUUCCUCUCGCUUAUUUGUUGUAA